ACCACUGGAUGAAGUGGGCAUAGUACAUGCAUACUCCUAAGCAAUAGUAGCACUAGUUAGGUCGAAAAAAUCCAAGUCGAGCCAAGCACAAGAAUUUAUUGUCGCCGCGUGCCGUGGGCGGCGUGGCUCUCGCUAGCUCGCCGCAGUGGUCACGCCCAAAUCAUCUUCUCGCCUCUGCUUCUUGCUGCUGCCUAGCUUAGCUUGGCUUAAGCUUAUCUCUCUUGCAUUGCUUUCCCUGCCUCCUCUGCAAGAGCUCCAUCAUCAUCGCCAUUGCUGCAGGCUUCUCUCUCUUUCCCUUCUUAAGACCGUCCUGCUCUUCAUGGAGAGGAUGAGCAGGGUGGCGGUGGCUGUGCUGCUGCUGCUCUGCUUGCAGCUUCAGCUUGGGAUCAGCGGCGGCGGCGGCGGCGGCCAUGGUGCUCGGCGAGGCGUGCGCCCUGCAGCUCGGUUGAUCCAUGCCAAGAAGUCAUCAUCAUCUUCGCAGCAGCAGCAGCAGCAGCAGCGGAGCAGGCAGGCCGGCAGCAAGGCCGGAUGGCCGUCGACGUCGUCGACGCCGUCGAACCCGUUCGGACUCCCGAUGCUGCUGCCGCCGCCGCCGCCGCUCAAGGACUGGCCGCCAUGGCUCGACAUGCCGCCGGUCCAGGGCCCGUCGAGCUCGCCCUCGCCUUCGCCUUCCCCUGCGCCUUCGCCAGCGUCGUCGGCCGCGGUCGCCGAGCACGCGGCCCCGCCGCGGCGCGGCGAGGAACACGCGCGCCCCCGCAGCAUCGCGUUGCCGCCGGCGUCUAGCUCCGGCGACGCCGGCGAAACCAGCCGGCCGGAGGUGACGGACGGGAGCGCAACGAGGCGCGGCGGCGGCGGCGGCAAGACGAACUACGUUCUUGUGGCGGCGGCGGGGGCGUCGGUGCUUCUUGCGGCGUCGGCGGCGGCGUUCGCGGCGUGCUACCGGUCGAGCAAGGUGGUGAGGAGCGUGCGGCCGUGGGCGACGGGGCUGAGCGGGCAGCUGCAGAGGGCGUUCGUGACGGGGGUGCCGGCGUUGAGGAGGGCGGAGCUGGAGGCGGCGUGCGAGGACUUCAGCAACGUCAUCGGCUCGCUGCCGGAGUACACCAUGUACAAGGGGACGCUCUCCAGCGGCGUCGAGAUCGCCGUCGUCUCCACCACCAAGACGUCGCCCAAGGACUGGUCCAAGAAGUGCGAGGCACACUUCAGAAAGAAGAUAACGAGCCUGUCGAGGGUGAACCACAAGAACUUUGUGAACCUUCUUGGCUACUGCGAGGAGGAGCAGCCGUUCACGAGGAUGAUGGUGUUCGAGUACGCCCCAAACGGCACACUAUUCGAGCAUCUCCACGCGAGGGACGAGGGGCACCUGGACUGGCCGACGCGGCUGCGCGUGGCGGUCGGCGUCGCCUACUGCCUGGAGCACAUGCACCAGCUCGCCCCGCCGGAGAUCGUCCGGACGCUGGACGCCUCCACCGUCUACCUCACCGACGACUUCGCCGCCAAGAUCUCCGACGUGGGCUUCUGCGAGGAGGAGAUGGCGGCGGCGGCGGCGGCGCCGGCGAUGGCGGACAGGGAGAGCGUGGUGCACGGGUACGGGAUGCUGCUGCUGGAGAUGAUGGCGGGGCGGCUCGCGGCGUCGGAGGGCGGGCUGGUGCAGGGGUGGGCGGCGGCGCUCCUCCGCGGGGAGCGGCGGCUGCGGGACGUCAUGGACCCGGCGCUGCGGGGCGCCUUCCACGCCGAGACCGUCGACCGCCUGGACGCCGUCGUCCGGUCCUGCGCCGACCGCGACCCGAGGCGGCGCCCCUCCAUGGCCGACGUCGCGGCCCGGCUCAGGGAGAUCACCGCCAUGCCGCCCGACGCCGCCACCCCCAAGGUGUCGCCGCUCUGGUGGGCCGAGCUCGAGAUCAUCUCCACCGAGGCAGCCUGACCAGCGUGCCAGUAUUUGUAACUUUGCUCUUGAAAUGAACCUACUUUGCAUCCAUCUGUAAAUAUGACAUGAACAAUGAGGGGAUUUCAUAUGUAGUGUGCGUGCAGAUUCUUGUGAGGUGUUUAACGAGAUUGAAAUGUAAAACCUUGUGUAGUUUCACAAACCAAUCUACCUGAGCUGUACAGCUUCUGCAUAACA